AUGAAGGUUUUUAUCACUGGAGGCUCCGGAUACAUUGGUUCAGUUGUUGUUCCUCUUCUUCUUGAUGCAGGACACUCUGUAUUGGCACUUGCUAGAUCGCCAGAAUCGGCUGCUAAAUUGAAUGCUUUUGAGAAUGUUGAAGUAGUGCAAGGAGAUUUGAAUGACGUUGAAGUCUUGAAAGAAGCUGCUUCUCGGAGUGAUGCUGUGAUCCAUUUGGGCUUUAACCACGACUUUGCUAACUUCGCUAAGAGUGCUCAGACUGAUUUGGACGCCAUUAAGGCCAUCGGAGAGGUGUUGGCAGGAACAGGAAAGGCAUUCAUUGGAACGAGCGGCACAGGAGUUGCCAUAGGCGUUCCAGGUGUAUUGAAGGAAGACUUCCGCCCGUCCAACACCAUGAUUCCCAGAGUUGAGCUGGAGAAGGUCCUUUUGGCUUUGAAGGACGUUGGUGUCAGGUCCCUGGUGGUGAGGUUGCCAUUUACCGUGCAUGGACCAGGUAAAAAGGGUUUCAUUCCUACUUACGUGGAAAUUCUGAAGAGCUUGGGAGCUGCUGAAUAUGUAGGAGACGGCAACAACAAGUGGCCCGCCGUGAACUUGGCUGAUGCUGCUCUGUUGUAUAAGCUCGUGUUGGAAAAAGGUACUGCUGGAUCCAUUUAUCACGGGAUUGGGGAGCAGGGAAUUCCAUUCAAGGAUAUUGCCGCCGAGGUAGCCAAGGGAUUGAACGUUCACACCAAGUCCAUUCUGAAUGCGCAGGCCCAAGAAGAUUACCUGUGGUUGGCAAUGUUUGUCCUGGCCGAUGUUCAGGCACUGAGUGAAGCCACCCAGAAGGAGUUGGGUUGGAAGCCGGUGCAUGGUGGCUUGUUUGAAGAUAUUAAGGUGUAUACGUCUUAG